AUGGAUCGAUCAGUCCAAUAUGCUCAGGUCAUGUCUAAUUUUGAUUCGGUUUACAAUACCUCUCCUAAUUCUAUACAUCGUCAACCUCAUAUCUUUGUACCUACCUCUUCAUUUUCAUCGCAACCAAGUCAAUCAAUAUCGUCUUCUCUGAGUUCAUCACAUGCAAAAUUUAACCUGGAUUUAUAUCAACCUAAUGAUCCUCUUACUCAAUUCGAUCUUUAUCAACUUUCUUCUCCUCAAUCAUCUGUGAUUGUUCAUCAUCAUCCUGUCUAUUCUCCGCCUCCUUCACAAACAGUGUCAAAGCUGCGGCAAAUCAAUGACGAAUUGUGUCAUACUCUCGCACAAUCUGAAUUGCCAAAUUAUCCUCCACCAUUGCCACCACAGUAUCAUGUUCAUCAUCAUCCAAUAUCUCAUAGAACAUAUCGUUCGCAGUCGUACUCCUCAUCAGAAUCCGAAGAUAUUGAACCUAAGAAACCGACUGCUCGAAUUACUUAUAAAGUUCAUAUUCCAAGUCGAAGAAAGCGACAAUCACAAAAGCCUACUCCUGACGUGGAUCAAAUACUUGUUUCAACUUCUGAUGCGUAUAUACAAGACGAUCCAGUAACGGUUGAUGUCUAUCCAACACGUGAUCAAGGUUACAUUCGACGUAUUCGAAAUCGACCGGAUAAUCAACAACCAUGGUUACCAGAUGAAAUCCUUGUUCGACGAAAUUCUUAUUCAGGCCAGAAUACUUCUCGCACACCGAGAGCAACUGAUUAUGAGAACCAGCUACUGCAACCAAAAAGUCGACUAUCAGAUUGCAAAGAACGUGUGAGAUCAUCAUCGGCUAAAUCUCGCAUUCGCGGUGGUAGUGCUCAAAAUGUACUGCGGCAUUCGGCUACAGCACCCGUUUGGAGACCGAACGGUUCAAUUAAACAUGCAAGAUUCAUAGGCUCGAAUGACCCACCUUCACCACCAAAACCAACGCGAGAACCGCCUUGGAAUCCUUCUGGUACUGCUACAAAAACCAAACAGUUACGUGCAUUCGAUCCAACGAGUAAACUAGUACCAGCGAAGCAGCCUGAACCGGUAUGGCAUCCGCCAUCGAAAGAAAUCAAGAAGAAAAUACCAAGAUAUUUUGAACCCACUACAAAGUCUGAGCGAACUACUCCGGUAAAAUCAGCAACGGAACCUAUCGUACGAAAGAAACCUCCAAAACAAAUUCCCAGUGGUGAUCCAACAUUAAAGACUCGUAUUGCAACGGCUGAAAGUAAAGUUAAAUCUGCAUGGGAAUCCACCGCAUCUGCAAGCAAUCCUAGGCCACCAGCUCCACGCCCGACUAAGUCGGCAACGAUAACUACACCUGCGAAACGUGCAGUUAAACCUGCUCCGGCUCGUCCUAUUACAUCUUCUAAGAAACCAGUUCGGGAACCUGUAGUAGCUGUAGAUACUGGUCGAAGCUCGAUAUUCGAUGCUCCUCCACCUCCGCUAUUCGAAUCAACGCCGCGAAAUCAGAGUCCCGUCCGUGACGAGGACUUGAUGGACGAAAUAUUUGGCGACACGUCACAAAUAUCCGUACAAUCGAACAAAAAACACAAAGUAGAGCCAUCAACUGACCCUGUAAAAACACCACCUAAAAAAUCACCAUCACCGAAGCCUGAACCAGGAUAUACUAGUGACUUUGAAGAAACUGAAAAUGAUAAAGAAAAUGAUCGUGACUUACAACCAGUACCGAAUCCUUCUGAUUCGCCAAGAGCUUCACCUGUACUAGACGACGAGAAUGAGGCUCACGAUAAGGGUGAUGCUGCUCCAUCAAAAGGGGAUGAUACAAUUGGAAAUGAUGAUGAAACUGCCGGUAUAAACGAAUCCCAUCAUCACGCUGAAGAUGACGAUGAUGAUGACUUGAAGAAAAAAGAAGAUGCCUCUUCAACGUCUCCAAAACGAAAAGACCCGUCACCUGAACCUCAAGAACCGAGUCUCGAUGAAACCAAUCCAUUAGAAGAUGAUUCAGAUGUGCCAACUACUUCCGUUCCUCCACCUGUUCCCCCACUUACCACUACUUCUGCUCCUGCAGAAGCAAACGAUGAACAUGCGUUUUUCAUCUUCUUCUCGAGCUCCACGUCCAACCCAUGCGUAGUCGCACCGCAACCAGCUAUUUCAGCUCCAGUCGGACGUCAACCUGGUCUAUUUGGACAAAUGCCUGCUACAGCUGGUGGUAUUGCCGUAGGUUCAGCUGUUGGACAUAGCAUUGGUGCGGCGAUAACCGGUGGCUAUCAUAAUCAUGAUCAAUCAGCUGCUGUGACACAAACAACGACUGGUCUAACAUCUCAACCGUUAUAUCAAGAUUUAUCGGAAAGAUACGGCACAGGUCGGUGUAACUUAUAUCAAAAAGAAUUCAUGAAAUGUCUCGAUGAAGCAAACGGAGAUUCCAAACACUGUCAAGGAUUUUGGGAAGCUCUGAAAGAGUGUCAACGCCAUCAAAAUUCUGGUCAGCUUGCUUAUCUUUGA